AAAGAGAGGUUAGAAUCUGGUGAUGUUCAAAGUAGUAUUGUCACUAGGCUAAGAGAUGAUGUUUUAAGUCAAGCUGGUAAAUUAAAUAAGAAAUUAGCCGAUAAAAUUACAAAACCUAUUGAUGAAGACAUUAAAGUUAUGCGAUGUAAAGAUCAUAAGUUGUCACUUACCUGUGUUGUAGUUUCUCCAGACGGCAAUUUUAUAUAUUCAGCAUCUAAAGAUGCUGUUAUUGUUAAGUGGUCAGUGGAAAGUAAAAGUAAAGUUGGCGUAAUCUUAAGCAAGCACAAACAAAAGGAUGAAAAAUGCAAAGAACAUUCACAUAAUUCAUCAAUUCUUAGUUUAGCAGUUUCAUUUGAUGGUAAAUAUCUAGCUUCAGGUGAUGAGGGCAGCAUUAUUCGAAUCUGGAAUACAGAUUCUCUAGUGCACUUACAUUCUUUCAAAGGACAUAAGAGUUCAAUUACAGGCUUGGCAUUUUGUAGUGAAUCUAAUAAUCUGUAUAGUUGUUCAAAGGACAGAUCUGUAAGGAUAUGGAAUUUAGAUGAAAUGUCUUAUGUUGAAGCAUUAUUUGGUCACCAGUGUGGUAUUACGGACAUAGACGUUCUGAAGAAAGAUAGAGCUGUAUCAUCGGGUGGCACGGAUAACACAUUGCGGGUUUGGAAAGUUCAAGAGGAGUCUCAGCUUAUAUUUAAUGGUCAUCAAAAAAGUAUUGACAGAGUAAGACGGCUUGAUCAACAGCAUUUUUUGUCCUGUGGAGAUGAUGGUCAAAUAUGUUUAUGGGGUGUUUUGAAGAAAAAGCCUUUGUGUAUAAUUCAUGGAGCUCAUGGUGUUGAUUUGAGCAAUAAUCAACCAAACUGGAUCAACAGCAUAUCAUGUUUACCAAAUUCAGAUUUAAUUGCAUCAGGUUCAAGUGAUGGAUACCUUAGAUUUUGGAAAUGUGAAGAAAAUUUUAGAAACAUUUCUCCACUUUUUACAGUUCCAGUUACAGGUUUUAUUAAUGCGAUAUCAUUCUCAAAAGAUGAAACUUUUCUAGUCAUUGGAGUAGGACAAGAACACAGAUUAGGAAGAUGGUUCACUGAAAAAAGAGCAAAAAAUUCAUUGAUAUUUAUUCCUCUGAAGCAAAUAUCUUAAAACCAAAGUGCCAUUAAUGUAAAUUUUAAGUUAUAAUCAUAUAACUUAUAUGUAGUUGAAAGCAUUAAUAACAUUGAUGAAUAAAAUACUGUGAAACAGCAAUUCAAUCAAGCCGGUGGUGUGGCGGCUCUGGUGG